CUUGUGCGCUUUGUGCUGCCUGCAUGGGAGACCUCCGAGCCUGGCCUCAGCCCCCUUCCCCAGAAACUGCAUCCUGACUGCUGGGACAAGGUCCUGGAAGAGCUUCUGGAGAGUUACUGAAGGAGAGAAUAUUUACCAGGAGUGAUUAAAGACAAUGGAUCCAGACUUUUUAAAUGCAUUUACACAGCCUUCUACACUUGAUCGAUUCCUAACUGAGGAUGCCAUCGCUAAAGGUGAGAAGAGGAAGCUCAUAAAACCGUCCUCAAGCAACAAUCCCAAACUGGAAGAAUUGAAACUGUUCUUGACUGAGUGGAUCAACAGAACUCUGAAAGAGGAACACAUCGUAGUUAGAAGUCUGGAGGAAGACCUGUAUGAUGGGCUGGUACUUCAUCAUCUCCUAGAAAACCUAGGAUCUCUCAAGCUGGAUGUUGACAAGAUUGCCUUGACAGAAACAAAACAGCGACAGAAACUCUCUGUGAUUCUGGAAGCUGUGACCAAAUGUUUGCAGCUGGAAGAAAGUCAGCUGAAAUGGAGUGUGGAAUCUAUCUUGGCAAAGGACUUACUGAGCACACUGCAUCUUCUGGUUGCAAUAGCAAAGCACUUCGAACCUACCCUGGCGCUGCCUCCGAACGUUCAAGUGGAGACAAUCACCAUCGAGACCACCUCCAAAGGAUUAAAGACAUCAAAUGUGGUGGAAAGUAUCACAGAAAACAAAGAGAAUAUAGAAGCGCAGUCAAAAAAUGAUGCCUUUGAUGAAUUAUUUAGCUGUGCUCCAGAUAAACUGGAUGCUGUAAGAAAGGUACUUUUGCAAUUUGUUGACCAGCAUGUUGGAAAAUUAGGAUUAAACGUGAAAGACAUUGAAUCUCAGUUUUCAGAUGGGGUUAUCUUACUUCUCUUAAUUGGACAACUAGAGGGUUACUUUCUGAAUUUAAGGAAUUUCUUCCUGACUCCGGCCAGCACCAUGGAGAUGGGCCAUGCUUCUUCAGGCUUAUGGUGAAAGCCAGGGCUCUGUGUGCUGGGGCAUGGGUGUGUUCUCUUCUACCAGUCUGUCCUGCAAACAGGAUUUGAAGAGGAUGACGCCUCUUGCAUAGCAGAACUGGAUGCAUGUGAGUUUCUUUCUGCUGCCCUAAAAGUAUUACCUUAAUCAAGACAUGGCCAGAACAUUUUGAAGGCCUCUUCUGUGUUUGGGAAAUUCUUGAGAGUUUACAUCCUUCCCUCCCUCAAAGCUGGGGGCUGUAACAUACUCAGCUAGACCUGCUUGGCACUUUUUCCACCUCUACCAGGAAGAUUUCAUCUGUGCUUUAAAAGUAAAAGCUGUCACCAGCCAGAAGGAAGUGUGUGCUGGGCUGCCUCCUCCACAGGUCUGGAAUGUUGAUAUAUUUUGAGAUAUUUGAGGUAUUUUCAGAUUGUCUCUGGUGUAGGUAGGCUUCUUUUUUCAUUUGGGCCACUGAGUAGCUCUGAAAAUCUUGAAACUGUAGCUGUUUUUCCUGGUUUGUGCUCAAAUCUCUGGAAGUGAGAUGUGUCAGAUCUUUUUGCUUGAGAGCUACUAGAGAAGAAAAUCUCUCCUCUGGCAUGGUUUUCAUUAUGGCUUCCCCACGCAGAUGAAGCUUUCAUCUUAUUCCCAAUCUUAGCACAGUUAAUGCCCCUGGGCAAUAUUUAUUUGUAAUGAAAGGUCUCUGAUGUCCUAUAUUAAUAAACAAAUAUUCCCAUGGAGCUUUUCAUCAAAAAGUUUAAAAGCACAAGUUUUUGACACCUAGGUUCAAAUGUUGUCAAAAUGUCAUUGCUGUCAGUUGGUAACUGUAUAAAAUAUUAGGGAAAAAAAGUGGGUUUUUU